AUACAUAACAAACUUUAGAAAACAUGGAUCAAAUGUUACCGAGUCCGUACAACAUACCGGGUAUAGGUACCCCAUUGCAUCAACCUGAAGAGGAUCAACAAAUUCUACCUAAUGCAAUGCAACAGCAGCAUCAACAACAACAACAACAACAACAGCAACAGCAGCAGCAGCAGCAGCAACAGCAACAACAACCACAUCAUCAACAACAACAACAGCAACAACAACAACAUUCCUUGGUUUCUUUAGGGUCAUCACCUCUUGUUGGUUUUGGCACCUCAAUUAUGGGUACUCCACAAAGAACUAUGCAUACCUAUGCUCCUACAGCAAGCUAUUCAACACCCCAACAGAUGAUGCAGCCACAAACACCGCAAAAUUUAAUGUCACCAAUGAUAACAGGAGGUAGUAUAGCAGGUCCACCAAUGUUAAGUCAAGCUAGCCCGGCACCCAUGACUCCUAUGACCCCACACUCUGCUGAUCCUGGAAUCUUGCCUCAAUUACAGAAUAUUGUGUCUACAGUAAACCUCAACUGUAAAUUGGAUUUAAAAAAAAUAGCUCUGCAUGCUCGAAAUGCUGAAUAUAAUCCAAAGCGAUUUGCAGCUGUCAUUAUGAGAAUAAGAGAGCCAAGAACUACAGCACUUAUUUUUUCGUCUGGUAAAAUGGUUUGCACAGGUGCCAAAAGUGAAGAAGAUUCCCGACUAGCUGCAAGAAAAUAUGCAAGAAUUAUUCAAAAGCUUGGUUUCACUGCAAAGUUUUUGGACUUCAAAAUACAAAAUAUGGUUGGCAGUUGUGAUGUUAAAUUUCCUAUUCGUCUUGAAGGUCUAGUACUUACUCAUGGACAGUUUAGUUCCUAUGAACCUGAACUUUUCCCUGGACUUAUAUAUCGAAUGGUUAAACCUAGGAUUGUCUUGCUUAUAUUCGUCUCUGGUAAAGUAGUGUUAACCGGUGCAAAAGUGCGUCAAGAAAUAUAUGAAGCAUUUGACAAUAUUUACCCUAUAUUAAAAAGUUUUAAAAAACAGUAGUAAAUCUA